GUUGUACACACGGUGCCGAUCUUGCGGCAAGAACGAGUGGAAUGACAUCUUGGAGCGUUCUGAAAAGAAGUGUACCAGGUGUUCGAAGUCGGUCAGGCUCUACACCCCUCGCUCGAAGUCGCCGAAGCGUGUUUCCUUCGCCAAUGACAAGGAUAACUACCUAGCGACAGAUCACCAAGGGAAGUUGAAGUCUGCCCUGAAGCCCCAGGUGAAAGGCCCCUUGAGCGCCGAGACCCUCUUGGCCGAGGCGAUCAAGGCGACCGCAGAUCCUGCCAUCAGGUCGUCUCUCCAGUCGGAGCUGAACAAGUUGGAGAGCCAGAGGCAG